CACGAGCAAAAUGACGAGGCAUCCAGUUGGAGGGGCCGCCAAAGGCCACCCCGGCCGGUCCAACCGAUUGAAGGAUUUUUCUCCUAAAUUUCCAAAAAGGUGGUUUGCUUCCUCUCUCUUUCUCCCCUGCCUCACUGGCGAACAUUUCAGGCAUCAAGAAAUCUUCUAGAGAGAGAAACACGCAGGGCUCGGAAGCAGCGUUACACAGAGACAGACAGAUGGGAACGCUACAAUCCUGGAGGAAAGCUUACGGGGCUCUCAAAGAUCACACCAAAGUCGGCCUUGCCCAUGUCAACAGCGAUUUCAAGGAUGUGGAUGUGGCGAUCGUCAAGGCUACUAAUCACGUUGAGUGUCCACCCAAAGAAAGGCACAUUAGAAAACUCAUGGUUUAUACAUCUGCGAUGCGGCCUAGGGCUGAUGUUGCGUAUUGCCUACAUGCCCUUGCUAGGAGGUUAGCAAAGACACAUAACUGGACGGUGGCGCUAAAAACACUCAUAGUAAUCCAUAGAACAUUGAGGGAAGGUGAUCCUACAUUUCGUGAAGAACUUGUAAAUUUUCAGCAGAGAGGCCGUGUUCUUCAAAUGUCUAAUUUUAAGGAUGAUUCAAGCCCUAUCGCUUGGGAUUGCUCUGCAUGGGUACGCACAUAUGCACUCUUUUUGGAAGAACGGCUUGAAUGCUUUCGGGUUCUUAAGUAUGAUAUUGAAGCUGAGAGACUUCCUAGACCUGCUCAGGGGCAAGAGAAGGGAUACAGCAGAACUAGAGAAUUAGACAGUGAAGUUCUUUUAGAGCAAUUGCCCGCUUUGCAGCAGUUGCUGUAUCGACUUAUUGGAUGCCGGCCUGAAGGGGCAGCUUUUCCAAAUUAUGUGAUACAGUAUGCACUAGCCUUGGUUCUGAAGGAGAGCUUUAAAAUUUACUGUGCUAUCAAUGAUGGAAUUAUUAAUCUUGUUGACAAGUUUUUUGAGAUGCCAAGACAUGAAGCUAUCAAAGCCCUUGAUAUCUAUAAAAGAGCUGGUCAGCAGGCUGCAAGCCUCUCUGAUUUUUAUGAAGUUUGCAAAGGAUUGGAACUUGCUAGGAAUUUCCAAUUUCCUAUACUCAGAGAGCCUCCACAAUCAUUCCUGGUGACAAUGGAAGAGUAUAUAAGGGAAGCCCCACGGAUAGUAUCAGUUCCUAGAGAUACUUUGGAAUACCCGGAGAGGCUUAUGCUGACAUAUAAACAAGAAGAUGAGCCAUCACCAUCUGAAGAACGUAAGGAAUAUGCUGAUGAAGUUCCAACCCAACCCCCGCCGCCAGCUGAGGAUGUUGAAGGGUUGACCACAGAGGUUCCUGCUUCAGUGCCUCCUCCUAGCAGAUAUGAAACUGAUGAUCUACUUGGACUAAAUUCUCCCACAGCAGAUGUAUCUGCGAUGGAAGAAAGUAAUGCUUUGGCUUUAGCCAUAGUUUCAUCUGACACAACGCCAUUUGACUCGGAAAGAACACAACCUAAAGAUUUUGAUUCUACGGGAUGGGAACUUGCUUUAGUCACUGCCCCUAGCAGCAACUUGUCUACCGCUCAAGAGAGGCAAUUGGCUGGUGGGUUGGAUUCUCUCACCCUCAAUAGUUUGUAUGACGAGGGCGCUUUCAGAGCAUCACAGCAACCGGUAUAUGGAGCUCCUGCCCCCAACCCAUUUGAGGUAGCUGAUCCAUUCGCUAUGCCCAACACCACAAUUGCUGCACCUCUUCCUCCUCCAUCAGUUCUUCAAACCACUGCUCCUGCAAUGCCAAAUCCUUUUGGUCCUUUCCAACCAGCAGCAUACCCAACACAGGCCAUGCAGCAUCAGACACCUCAAAAUCCAUUGGUGGGGGUGCAACACAAUCCUUUCGGCGAUGCUAGUGGUUUCGGAGCAUUCCCCCCCACAAACCCUCAGAAUGCCAACCCAUUCGGGAGCACUAGCCUGCUGUGACGAGAGAGUGAGAGAGUUGAGAGAGAGCACAUAUGAAAGGUGGAGUUGCUUGGGUGUGGUAUAGAUAUUGUUUGAGUUACAUUUUGGGGUAAAUGGAGCGGUGUGUAGACUGGUUCUCACUCACUAAUGUACGGUGGAAUAUAAAAUGCAUACAGAAGAUUUGAUUUACUCAUUGGUAGUGUUAUUGUUAUUAUCAACAACACUUCGCCUUGCUUUGAAACUUCGAUGAUUUUUUCAAUCUUAACCACUGUGUUGUAUACCAAGUAUCUAAUUUUGUUUGUGUAAGAAAGUAAGAUAGUGAUACAUGGCUCCACGCACAGAUGAUUUAUAUUAUUAUAUAUAGAAUUGAUCACUUGCAGAU